AUGAAGCACAGCCUCUUUGGAGGAGAACUGCAGCAGCCGCCAGCACCAGCACCAGGAGGAGGAAGACAUGCGCGACGGCGCCCGCCUUCGCCUCCGCCGCCUUCCUUCUUCGGGGCCACGGGCGGCGGCGGUCGCUCGGUGCAGCUGUACGGGUCUACGCCCUCCCUUACGCUCCCACGCGACCGCCGCCACGUGGACCCAGUCGCCACCAGCAGGGCCACCUCUUUGUCGUCCGACUCUGUCCCCGCACGCCCUCCUCCUCUCACCACGGCCACCACCACCAACGCCGCCACCACCACGACCACCACGACCCCGGCCAGGGGCGUGGUGGUGGACGUGGGCAGCGGGCUGCUGGCGGUGGUGAAGCCCUCGUACCACCACUGGAGGCAGCGGCUGCUGCAGCGCCGCCACUCACUCGAUCGCAGGGGCGCCUCCUCCACCACGUCCCCGUCAUUGCCGCCUGGACGCACCACCAACGAUGGGCCACGCGCGGGCGCCGCCGCCCUGUUUCCCUUGCGGCGGUCCCGAAGCGAGGGCGAGGAGCAGCCAUCUGAUGCACCACCACUGCAGCCCCCACCACCACCGCCGCCAGCAGGCGCCGCCGCCGUAGGAGGCGCAGAAAGCGGCGAGGAGGAGGAAGCGGCGGCGGCGCACCUGCAGCCCCGCCGAUCUGCUGCGUGCACUCCGCGCCAGCAGCAGCAGCAGCAGCAGCACACUGUGUGGAAGAGACGUCGGGAGAGGGGCCGCCCAGCUGACGGCGGCGACGGCGGCGAUGAGGCGUUGUUGCAGAUCCGUGCGCCCCUGCUACGAGCGGCGGCCACGGAGAGAAGCGGAAGCGGAGCAGCAGCAGGAAAGCAGGUGGCGGCGAUGGCUGAGAGAGAGCGGUGGGCCAGGGUGGCGCGCGCGCGGGAAGAGGCCCGUCGGGCAACGCGUUGGCAGAUCGGAGCGCUCGCGGCGGCGCGGCGCGAGCUCAUCGCGGUGCGCAUGCGGGAGCGGUGCCGGCAGCAGCGCGUGGAGCGACGCGCGGAGGAGCGGGACACCACGACCCGCCGGGCGAGGGAGGGGCACUUGCGCCACGUGGUCCUCCUCGCGCCCCUCCUCGCCCUCGUGCUCGUCCUCCGCCACGUGCUCCACCUCCUCUAA